AAGUUCUCAAGUUAGUCACAGCAACCUGAUUUAACAUAAGGAUUUUGGGUUUGAGGAAGUUCAUUCAGGUUCUCCUUUCUGAUAGAUGCUAACAGAUGAUAUUUUUAGGCUUUAUCUUGCAAUAAUAGAUCCUAGAAAACAGAAGAAGUAGAAGAAGAAGAAGAAGAAGAGGAAGAAGAGGAGGAGGGAGAACCUUCAGAGAAAAACCAGCUGGUGGACUGAGUGACCAUCAAGAACGUUGAGUGCUGUGAUCUUUUCUAGUUUCUACUUUAAACCAAGGUAUCAAUGGCCUACCAGAGGUGCCCAGUACCACGUUUUUCUCCACUCACUCUGGGCUGGGUGGUGUUAUCUGUCUGGCUGUGUGUCGGUGGGCCGGCUGGUGUGUCUGGGGUGAAUCUGAGAAAGUUUAUUGGCUGUGCUGUGAGAGAGUUCGCCUUCAUUGCCCGGAAGCCUGGCUGUGGAGCCCUGCCCGUCACCACAGAUGCCUGCUGGGGGCGCUGCGAGACCUGGGAGAGGCCUGUUCUGGACCCGCCCUUCAUCGAGUCCUACCAGAGGGUGUGCACCUACAACCAGACGCAGUUCAUGACCGUCCAGCUGCCCAACUGCUCGGCCGGCGUGGAUCCCCACUACACUUACCCAGUGGCUCUCAAGUGUAACUGUGGAGUGUGUGUGACCAGCACUACGGAGUGUAUCGCCUCUUACUGAGAACUACUGGUCACAUCCAGAAAACAAAUUCUUCUUCUUCAUUUCAGCCUUUUAAUGUAGAUAGUCAGUAGCUGAACAUCUCAUUUACACUUACAACUUUAUGUUUCUAACAAUGUAUCUGAUCUGAUCUGUUUAUGUAGCUGAUCUGUCAAGGCGGGGUUGAGUUUUGUAGUUUGCUCUGGAUCUACAAAGCUAAUGUUACUAAUGGAAGCUAAUUUACCACAUACUUUGACCUUUUUAACUAUAUGUUAGCAUGUGCAUUGAUUACUUUGUGAGAUGGGUAUACAGCUCUAAAAACAAAUAAGAGACCACUUAAAAAUGUUUAGUUUGUUUGAUUUUACCAAAUUAAAAAUCUCUGGAAUAUAAUCAAGAGGAAGAUGGAUGAUCACAAGCCAUCAAACCAAACUGAACUGCUUGAAUUUUUGCACCAGGAGUAAAGGCAUCAAGUUAUCCAAAAGCAGUGUGUAAGACUGGUGGAGGAGAACAUGAUGCCAAGAUGCAUGGAAACUGUGAUUAAAAAUCAGGAUUAUUCCACCAAAUAUUGAUUUCUGAACUCUUAAAACUUUAUGAAUAUGAACUUGUUUUCUUUGCAUUAUUUUAGGUCUGAAAGCUCUGCAUAUUUUUUGUUAUUUCAGCCAUUUUUACAUUUUUUGCAAAUAAUUGUUAAUUUUACUCAAACAUAAACCUAUAAAUAGCAAAAUCAAAGAAACUGAUUUAGAAACUGAAGUGGUCUCCUAAUACUUCCCGAAGCUGUAUAUCCAAAUGGCAAUUAAGAGACCCAAACCUGCCUGAUCAUACUGUAGAGUUAUAGUUAAAGUGUGUGAAUAAAGGGACUAGAACUUG